AUGCUCGGCUUUGGAGUCCUAGACGGCCCAGUCACAGGCUUUGGUAGGGAUGAGCACGAAUCCCAAGUGUCUAAACCUAAGCCUCCUUUCUCUAACUCUUCUCUAACCUCAGAUCCAGCCGCCGCUCCACUGCCCUCCAUCUCCGUCACCGUCCUCCGUCUCCGUCUCCGUCUCCGUCUCCGUCUCCGUCUCCUGUUAUUCCAUCUUCGUCACUGCCUUCUGUCUCCGUCUCUAGUUAACGAUUCUCCAUCUCAUCUCAGGAUUCAAGAUCUGCUGCGAUCAAGCCACUCAUCACUCAUUAUUGUCUUCAUGGCCGAGGCCGAACCAUUAGAUUCAUCUCCUCGGGAUCCAUCUCCAGUUUCGGGGAUACCCGCAUGGGCCGCACCUAUAGUGGAGAUGAAGAUGAAGAUGAAGAUAAAGAUGAAGGUUUGCUUUUAAGAGUGAGAACC